AUGUCACCACCACCACCCGCUCCCCCCAUCGGACACGGUUCCUCUUCUGAGCAUCACGAGAUCAAACGCCGCAAGUCUUCACCCUCCACGCGCAGUCGCAGUUCGACCCCUUCCGCUGCCGCGCCUUCUGUCCCCAGCAUCUCCGUUCCAGCACCCACUUACCCCUCCGACCACCGCUCAUCCAGCUUCUCCCACCAACCAUUGCCCUUCCAGCACCGCCGCUCACCCAGUGGCACCUCCGACCACCGUUCCCCUAGCCCGGGCAGCAGUAGCACCCCCUUCGUUCUCCCUCCUGGAGUUUCCAUCAGCCAGAUCACACCUAAUGUUUUCGUCGGGAACAAUGCCAGUUCUACGUCUAUCCAGACGCUGAUGCACUACGGUAUCACAUCCAUGGUUUCUCUUCUGUCGACUGCGGAGCAGCAACUCAAUGAGGAGGCCUGGAACUCGCCCGCUUUGGAGAUGUUGGUCCCCAAGCAGAACAGACUGUUCGUCCGGUGUGAUGAUUCACCGGAGGAGGAUCUGGUCGGGAGGUUAGGCAUGAUUUGCGAGUUUGUGCAGGCUCAGGUUGAGGGUCACGGCGGCGGGUUUGAAGGGGGUCUUGAGGUUCCUGGAGGUGGGCAAAGGCGUAGGAAGCCAUCUGUCGAGGACGUGCUGAAGGAUGUGUUGCCUGCCAGUGAGCUGCCUAAGGGGUUCAACACUGGUCAGGAGCCGCCGAAACCGAAGCAGAGGGUGCGGAGUUUGAUUCCUGAUGCGGAUGGGAAUGUCGAGGGAUUGCCACCGAAGCAGCCGGCGGCCGCGAAGGGUGCUGAGGACAUGGCGGAGUUGACUAGGCAGAAGUCGAGGAGGGAGUCUGGUUCGGCACCCGCACCACAGAAGCAACGUGUGAGGUCGUUGAUCCCCGAUGAUGUCGAAUCAGCUGGUGGGCCAUCGACAUCUCCGAAACCGAUUCCCUCUGUUCCCUCUGGAUCAAUCCCCUCCGUUCCGUCUGCUCCCGUUCCCUCACUCCCGGGCCCAGGUCAUCAAUUAUCAUCUUACCUCCCACCAGGCUCCAGCUCAACACCCUCCCAACUCUCCGCUCUUUCACCCUCCGCUCAAGACGGCCCCUCCGGAUCCCUCUCAAGCCUCCCUUCUCCCUCUGAAACCACCGGCAGAAAAGUCCUAAUCCACUGCAACCAAGGCGUCUCCCGCUCCGGCGCCGCCUGCGUCGCUUACAUCAUGAAGCAGAACCCAACCUGGUCAGUCGGUAAGGCCUUACGGUUCGUGGAAUCUCGUCGCAAGGAAGUUGAGCCCAACGAGAAUUUCAAGAAUCAACUGAAGGUUUGGGGGGAGUGCAAGUUUGAUGUUUGGCAGGAUGCCUCGCUUGAGGUGGAUGGAAAGAGUGUUGAUGGCAAGAAGAAGAUGGUUCCCAAGAAACCGUAUGCUAAAUGGUUGAAGCAGAGGGAGGAGUUGAGGAAGAGGGUGGGGGAGAUGGGGGGAUUGGUUUCACCUAUGGGGAGCCAGGCUUAG